CCAGAAUUGAAACGGCGACGUAUAGAAGCCCCCGAUCAUGCUGCUUCUUCUUUCAGCGCCGGUAAACUAACUUAACCAACUGCAAGUAAAUAAAAUCGAAAUAAAAAUAACCUAAUCCCUCUUUGUGCUCACUAAGAAGGAAAAUUGUGGAGAUUUUUAAGAGAAGAAAUGGUGAAUGCUAUUCAUCAUCAAAGUACACCACUUCUUCUUCAGUACGGCUCCGCUUCUCCUCCACUCCCCAGGGGAAUGCCAAGAAACAUGAUGUUAAAAUGCUCCAUUGAAAAUCCUCUUUCGAGGAAGGCUGUGGUCAAACAUGUACUAUCUGGAGUUGCUGCCUCACUGUUAGUUCUCUCUCAAAUGAACCAGGUUGCUGCAGUUGAUCUGUUUCAUGAUUCUCAUCCCCGCAAUGUUUGUCAGCUUGCAAGUGCCACAGAUACUCUGCCUACUCUACCACUUGAUGAAGGGUCUGAUGUAAGUAAAGGGAAUCUAAUGAUGAUGAGAGGUAUGACAGCUAAGAAUUUCGACCCUGUUAGAUACUCUGGAAGAUGGUUUGAAGUGGCUUCUCUCAAACGUGGAUUUGCUGGACAAGGUCAAGAAGACUGCCAUUGCACCCAGGGCGUAUACACAUUUGAUAUGGAGAUACCCGCCAUCCAGGUCGAUACAUUUUGUGUCCAUGGUGGCCCUGAUGGAUAUAUUACUGGUAUAAGAGGAAAGGUUCAGUGCCUUGCAGAGGAAGAUUUACAGAAGAAUGUGACAGAACUAGAAAAUACAGAGAUGAUUCAAGGGAAAUGCUAUCUUCGCUUUCCUACAUUGCCUUUUAUUCCGAAGGAGCCUUACGAUGUGAUUGCAACUGACUACGACAAUUUUGCUCUUGUUUCUGGAGCGAAAGACAAAAGUUUUAUACAGAUCUACUCAAGGACACCUAACCCCGGACCAGAGUUCAUAGAGAAAUACAAAGCUUAUUUGGCUGAUUUCGGAUACGAUCCCAGCAAAAUCAAGGAUACCCCACAAGACUGUGAAGUGAUGUCUAACAGCAAGCUUACCGCCAUGAUGUCCAUGCCCGGAAUGCAACAAGCUUUGACAAACCAAUUUCCUGAUCUAGAACUCAAUGCCUCUAUUCAACUUGAUCCCUUUACGAGUGUAUUCGACACUUUUAAGAAGCUCAUUCAGCUUUAUUUUAAGUAGUUAAACUCAAAUCUCUUCUGUAUUUCGGAUCAGCAGAGCCUGUUUAUGUUUACUGGAAAUAAUAUUUGCCAGAAAUUUUUGUUUUCACAGAAAAUAAGUUUACAGUCA